AGCAUCGUUGCGAGAUGCAUGAACGACUGACAUUACCGCAAUGAGAGACGUUAUGUUAUGUUGUAGACUAGCUGUGUGAGCGCUGGGUCUGAGUCGGAGCAGAUGCGGGUCUGGCCAUGAUUUGUCCCGGAAAGCAGAGCUUUGAAGCGGCGUUGAUCUUUCUGUCUGUCGCCCAGCUCACUGCAGGUUUGCGGUGUGUAUGCCAGCUUUGCGCCAAUCACACCUGUGAGACGGCCGCAGACGGCGCCUGCUGGAACUCUGUGAUGCUGAUCGACGGGAAGGAGGAGACGGUCAAGUCGUGCCUGUCUCCCUCGGAGCUGAAGGGUCAGGUCUUCUGCUACAGCUCUCGAGAUGUCUCCAAAAGGAACUGCUGCUUCACUGACUUCUGCAACAAUGAGACUCUGCACCUGCAGCCAGAGAGGCCUUUGGAAGAACCGCGCUGGAGCCGGCUGCAGCUCGCUGCAGUGAUCCUGGUGCCCUCCUGCCUGGUGUGUGUGGGGAUCCUGCUGGGUGUGGUGGUGGUGCCAGGCCACUGCUGUGCCUACAGCAGAGCCCACAAGCAGGACCUGGAGGAGCCUCUGGAUGACCAGAUGUUGAUGUCAUCCGACAAAUCUCUCAAAGACCUCAUCUAUGACAUGAGCACAUCGGGCUCUGGAUCAGGCCUGCCCCUGCUGGUCCAGCGGACUAUAGCACGGACAAUUGUUCUGCAGGAAAUUAUUGGAAAGGGUCGAUUUGGGGAGGUGUGGCGGGGAAAGUGGCGAGGGGAGGAUGUGGCCGUGAAGAUUUUCUCCUCGAGGGACGAGAGGUCCUGGUUUCGUGAAGCAGAGAUUUAUCAGACCAUCAUGCUCCGACACGAGAACAUCUUGGGCUUCAUUGCUGCUGACAACAAAGAUAAUGGCUCGUGGACUCAGCUCUGGUUGGUGUCAGAGUACCAUGAGCAUGGAUCCCUGUACGACUACCUGAACAGGUACACGGUUUCUUUGGAAGGCAUGAUUGUACUCGCUCUGUCCAUAGCCAGGGGGCUGGCACAUCUCCACAUGGAAAUCAUUGGAACACAAGGGAAACCUGCGAUUUCCCACAGAGACCUCAAGUCGAAAAAUGUCCUUGUGAAGAAGAACGGCACCGCAGUCAUCGCAGAUUUGGGUUUGGCUGUGAAACACGACUCAAGCACCAACUCCAUUGACAUACCGUCCAACCAAAGAGUGGGAACCAAGAGGUACAUGGCCCCAGAAAUCUUGGAUGAGACAAUCAAUAUGAACAGCUUUGAGUCAUUCAAGAGGGCGGAUAUCUACUCACUGGGUCUGGUGUUCUGGGAACUGGCCCGGAGAUGCUCUGUUAGAGGACUGCAUGAAGAUUUCCAGCUACCUUAUUAUGACCUGGUGCCUUCUGAUCCAGCCAUCGAGGACAUGAGGAAGGUGGUGUGUGAUCAGAAACUCCGACCCAACGUUCCUAACCAGUGGCAGAGCUGCGAGGCUCUGCGUGUGAUGGGAAAACUGAUGAGAGAGUGCUGGUACGCCAACCCUGCCGCUCGACUUACCGCUCUGCGGGUCAAAAAGACUGUGUCUCAGCUGUCCUUCAGCAAGGACGUCAAAGAUUAAGUAGAUUUGUUGCCCUGCAGAUCAACACUGGUGCUGGCACUGGUGCAACACGAAGGACAUAGUGGGCAAACUGGGAGAAGCUGUUCUCUCUCUAACAGCCUGAGCCUGCUCUCUUCAGGACAAGACCACAUUGUCCACUCUCAGAGAGCAACUUAAGCUCCGUUUUUGGUACCAAAGUAUUGUAGGGGUGUUCGUGGCGGCUUUGCACAUAGACAAUCACUUAAAAAAAUGAACCAAACAGCUGAAAUGUUGCUAGAAAGAGCCAUAAGAAAUAAGAAUAUAUAUAAUGAAUAAACAGAUUAUUUUGCUACCUCAGACAUUUAAGUGCCCAUAGCUUAAAGUUGCACAUUGUAAUGUUUGUGUGCCAUAUCUUGUAUCAAACGCAGUAUUGCUCUUUAGCUUUUGUGCCUACUGACAAUCACACAUAAUACUGAACUUUAAAGAUUUUGAAGUGCUUUAAAAAAGUUAUUGCCGUACUAAUGUUCAUUGUAUUUGUAUUAGUGGCGAUGUUACUGUACAGGAAUUCAGCUCUGAUUUCCAACUGGAAGAUAUCCGUUAGCUUAAUAUAUUAAAUGUGAAUAUAUCCAAGCGUUUUUAUUUGUGAAAUAUUACUAUCCAACUAUUGAUUUUCAACCACAUUUGAUGGCAAUGAGAGUUUGUAUGUUAGUCCAAAUACUUUUGAAUGGAUGAUGUUUCGUGAGAGACAUUCCUGGUCCCCAGAGGAUGCACCCUAUACGUUUGAUGAUCCCCAAACUUAAAGUAUAACUGAGGCUGAUCUUGACCUAUCUUAAUAUAAUCAGAUUAACCCCUUUGGUUUUAGUUAAAAGCUUAACCGUUACUCUGGCGGCCCCUUUUCAAUAUUUGCACUAACUUGUAAUCGCUUUAAAUUAUAAAGCGGCUCUCCAUAAAUUAGAUUAGAUUUGAUAUCAAUAUAUACAUAAUUGAACACCCUAAAGGGAAGUGCAGCUAUAAGCUCUGUACGCUUUCAGAUGCUGUAAAGUGCAGCUCUGUGCCAGGUGAAUGCUAGCUGUUAAAAAACCAAACAAUUUCCAUCAAGGUAAAAAGUUAUUUGUUUUAUAUUUCUCAAAUAUAUUAAUUUACACUGGAAGCAUGUUGUUGAAAUGAUAAACUCUUAGCUGCUCUACUGCACAAUUCAGAACUUCAGUAUUCUUAGUAUUGGCUUAACAACUAGUUAUGUAAGAAAACAAUCCACCCCACAAGCCUGAUACUGUUUUUUAGUUUAUGUAAAACAGCUUUUACGAUAAAAGCAAUAUGACCAAUAUAAGAUCAGAUCUUGAUCAAGUUAAAACACAUUUUAAAAUCAUAAAACAAAAGGAAAAUAACAGAAGAAGAAUACAGUUGGAGUGAUGGGUGCACAUGUGAACACCUAUGCUUUUGUCUGAAGAGGCUUGUAGCCUUAUCGUAACAGGAUUAGGGAAAGUGCACAUUGGUGAAUCUGCAUACCAUGUGUGCUUGUUGCCCAAAUGUGUGAAAGAGUGCCAGUGUAUACGUGUGUGUGUGUGUGUGUGUGUGUGUGUGUGUGUGUGUGUGUGUGUGUGUGUGUGUGUGUGUGUGUGUGUGUGUGUGUGUGUGUGUGUGUGUGUGUGUGUGUGUGUUUUUGUUUUGGUUUCAUAUCAUUCAGUGAGUCUGUUUUAAAGAAGCAAAUCAGAUCAAUCAUUAAAUUGUUGAUGUAACCGGUGCUGUGGAGAAACCCUGCCAAUGUUUCCCAUCCAUUGUGGCUUCAUCCUCAAUUAAUGUUCAUGUUUUUAGUUGCUAAGGCAGGGUAAAUGCUUCCAUGUCGCUAAUCAGUGUUGACACAUGUAGGUUCUCCUGUUAUGAAGGUUCAACCAUUACUGGUGAAUAUGUAGCAUCAGCUGUGUUGCCUGGAAAUGUUGCUGCUUUGAAAAAUAUCAUUUCACAUACUAGUCUUUAUUUUUUCCUUUCUAUGAAAUGAUUUGUUGACGUCCAUUAUGUGAUCAUUCUGUUUUGUGUGUUGCAGUUUAUAAAGUAUAAUAUUGAAAAUGCAGUACGAUAGUUGGCCUGUGUCAUUUAUAAAUGUUUCUAAUAUAAAUAUUUUGUAUCUGAUGUUUGAUCUGUGCUGAGCCAAGCUUUUAUUUUGUGUAUUAUGUCAUAUCUGCUUCUCGAAUAAUUAAUCAGGUCACACAAGAGAUAGCUAAUCAAAUAUUAAAUGCUUAUCUAUCAUUCAAAGAGGAGUGACCACCAUGUGCAAUUUCUGACUAGUGUCUUUAUAUAUUGUGUAUGAACUUGCUCGAUGUUAUCACAUGUAAUGCUGCUUUCAUAAAAAAUAAAAAAAAGUAUCUUUUGAUUUUCAAACCAAUUUAUAUCAAUCAUUUUGAUUCAAAUGAACCCAUUUUAUGUCAUUGCUCUGUUUUAAUGCCUUUACAUUUAUUUUUCUUCUUGCACUAUUUAUUCUGUUUGAAGAUGAUUUAUAUUGGUGGGACAAUAAACAGUUUUUCACUGAA